AAAUUCUCGGUACCAAAGCCUGUUGGUGGUAAAGAUGAAAAUUCAACUUGAAAAUUCGACUCCACACCAAUUUUCACCUUGUGAAAUGCGCCCCAUUUCGAUCAAAUUUAACUUUGUCCGGAGCAUUUCAAAACUGAUUCCAGCCACAAUUGAUCAAUGCAAAGAUCCUGGCGCGAGAGAGAAGCGAAGCUGCUCCGUGUCCAUGGCGCCCAUCAAGAACUUGCUAGGCGCCUCCUUCCUCCCGCCUGUCCACCCUCCGCCGCCGCCGAGCGAUGACGCUCCCCGCCGCCAUCCGAGCUGGCUCCUCCUCGACGUCCAAGCCUACAUCUCCGACGGCCACCACGCGAACGCCACCACCGCGCAGGCCGCCACGAGGGACGGGCAUCCCAUCAGGGUGACCUUCUGCGUGGCGCUGCCGCCGCUCGUGUCCCACUUCUGCGUCCACUGCCCCGGCCUGGACCCAGCGGCAUUCGCCUUGGAGCCCGUGAUCCGCGCCGCCGAGGGCCCCUUCACUCUCCUCCGCGUCGCCAUCUGCCCUAUGCAGUCCGGCCACAUCCGCUCGGGCUCGGAGACGGCGUCGCCGUCGCCGUUGCUGCGCUUGCUCCCCAACCCCCAUCCGUUCUAUUUCUCCGACCACGAUGUCGGCCUCCUGCCCCUCCCAUGCGCCCACGAAGGAGGAGUCGGCAGCUGCUGCGCUGUCGUCGCCGCGACGGGUACAACCUCCACCUGUUCGACUGCGAGGCGCGGAAAUGGAGCUCCAGGGCCGUCCGUCGAUCCGCCAUUGCCGCCUCCUUACACCUCGUUCGGUUGCAUCAACAAGAUGAUCACCAUCGGCGGAGAAGGCGGUGGUUCCAUGGGCCGGGUCGACCUCUGGCGCGGCAUCCUGGUCUGCGGCGAUAUGCUCCGCAAGAACCCGUUGCUGGGAUUCAUCAAAUUGCCAACGCCGAUGAUCCGUAGUUCAUCUUCAUCAGACUUGGACCCUCAAGAGUCUCUCCGCAACAUCAUCGCCAUUGGAGGUCUCAUCAGGUUUUUUGAGAAGAAGAUCAGGCCAAGAUCAUUUGGCCAAGACGGCAAUGCCAUCAUCUCCCAAGGCUGGACGGCCACAACAUGGAGCACGAGCAGCACGAAGGCUGAUGAUUCUUGGCAGUGGCACAAGGAUUGCACAUUUGACGUUUCCGAUAUCGCGAUCUACAACGAGAGGCACCUUGAAUUGCUACCUAGUCUGCAGGAGGAUGACAAUGAGGAGGGGACAGGGCAGCCAACCUUGAAGAGGCUCCGCACUGGUGUGCCUGCUCUGAGCUUGGAAGAUGAUGGCUUCGUCUACUUGAUGACCAAGGUUGAUCGCUGGGACCAUACGGCAUGGAUUCUCGCUGUUGACACCAGGAAGAAGGCUCUGCAAGGAGUGGCUGAAUUUGGUGCUGAAAGAACAUUGGGUUUGGAUUACACCUACCUGCAAAGUAGCAUCUCCCAAUAUCUGGACACUGACUGA